GAAUGGGCAUCUGUCUUUACCGUCGUCGCCGUUAUGUGCAACCAGUAUACUCCCUUGCACCGAGAUGCUCUAUCCCACGCUCAAUGGUUUGACAUAAUGACCAGCGUCGGUGGUUAUACAUCGGCACAAAUGAAGAUGCCAAAUAUUGGCAUUGAAAUUGCCUAUGAUGCAGGUGUCAUGGCUGGCACCUCGGGAAGAAUUGUUAGGCAUGGGGUUAACUGGAUGAACGGCGAUCGAGUUGGCUGGGUGUGGUACAUGAGGGAUGAUAUUCAUGAAUUU